AUGUCCCGCAUCCCUGUACCCAACGGCGGACUGCACCAUUCACCAUCCCCUUCAUCCCCAUCGUCCCUCACAGCAGCCAACAUGAACUCGCCAGUCGCAGCAGUCGACACACGCAAGAAGCAGAACCGUCGCGACGAGAGAGAUAUAACCCAGCCAAACACCGGGCACCAACCCCUCUCACCCAUCACCCAUUCGUCCUUCCUCACUGCCCACUCUGUCCCCACCGUCACCUCCGUGUGCUCGCUGUUCCGUGCAACCCUUCUUGGCUUGUUUGCCCCUUCUGCACAUUGGCCUCGACGUGAGACUACGGCCGUAGCCCCUGUGCUCGUCGCCUAUCUCUCUUAUUCCCCUCCCCCUCUCCCCCUCCUGCUUCUUUUCUCUUCUUGUGCAACCCCUAUCCCACCCGUCGCAAUGUCCAACGCUCAGACCCUCCCCCUCACGCUCUCUCCCUCAAACCCUUCCCCGCCCCUCUCCGUCGACGGCCACACAAACAACUCGGGCUUCCUCGUCCCCGCCCUUCCUACCCCACCACACACAAAACCACUCGACACUCCUCCCAUUUCAAACCCUCACUCUCCCAUUCUUCAACCGUCGGGCCUCCCCAACGUCAACCCCACUUCUCCCAAUGCCGAACGACGACGAUCGGUCCAAUUCCCUGGUCUCCCUGGUAACGCUGCUACCUCGUCGACUCCCAACCUCACGGCGUCGCCUGAACAACGCAAACGUGCUCCCGUUGCCUUCCCCGGUGCUUCCUCACCAAACAUGACCUCGACGACCGCCGAACCGUCCUCGUCUUCUGCCGAUACUGGUGCCUCGGACGAACUCGCGGUGCGCAAACGCUACCACUCGUCCUUGUCCAAAACCGAAAUCGCCCCCACUGGCAAACUCUCUCGCAAUGUCUCGGGCAAGGGCCUUGGUUCCAAACUCCAGUCGCUGCGCAAGAAGAUUGAGAAUGAACUCUCGCGCAAGCGUCCCGGCGGCCGCGGCGCUCCGGCCCAGGAGGCUACCUCGAGCUAUAAGCGUCCCUCCAAGCGCGCCAUGAAGGGUACUGUGGCUGGCCUCCGUCCCAGCCCCGCCCUCACUGUCCCCGAGGGCAUGAGCGUUGCCGACGCGUCGCAGCUGUGCGCUGCCAAGCGUACCGACUGUGUCCUCGUUGUCGACGACGAGGAGGGGCUCAGCGGUAUCUUCACCGCCAAGGACCUCGCCUUCCGCGUCACUGCCGAUGGCCUCGACCCGCGUACCACCACCGUGGCCCAGAUCAUGACUCGCAACCCCAUGGUCACCCGUGACACCACGUCCGCCACGGACGCUCUCCAGCUCAUGGUCUCGCGCCACUUCCGCCACCUUCCCGUCUGUAACGAGGACGGCGACGUUGUCGGUCUGCUGGACAUUACCAAGGUGUUCCACGACGCCCUGGCCAAGGUCGAGCGCUCGGCCGACGCCACUUCGCAGCUCUCGGCGGCCCUCGCCGGUGUCCAGACCGAGCUCGGCCCCGGUCUCGUCGGUAACCCCCACACUGCUGCCAUGAUGGCCUACGUCGAUGCCCUGCGUGACCGUAUGGCCCAGCCCGACCUUCAGUCGGUUCUCGACACUAGCCUCCCCCCUCCUACCGUGUCGCCCCGUACUUCGGUCCGUGAGGCCGCCCGCCUCAUGAAGGAGCGCCGCACCACCGCGGUCUGUGUCCUCGAGGCCAACCCCGGUUCGGUCCUUUCCGGCGUCUCGAACCGCGAGAACCCUCCCAAGAUUGCCGGUAUCUUCACGUCCAAGGACAUUGUCCUCCGUGUCAUUGCUGCAGGCCUCGACGCCGCGCGCUGCUCGGUGGUCCGUGUCAUGACCCCUCACCCGGACACUGCUCCUCCUGCCAUGAUUGUCCAGGACGCCCUCAAGAAGAUGCACAACGGCCACUACCUCAACCUUCCCGUUGUCGAGGACGACGGCCGUCUGAUCGGUAUCGUCGACGUGCUCAAGCUCACGUACGCGACUCUGGAGCAGAUCGAGUCGAUGAACGAGGAGCGCACCACCGAGGCCGGUCCCAUGUGGGGCAAGUUCUUUGACACUCUCAACACUGCCGGUGCCGACGACGACACCCACUCUGCCCUGUCCGUGUCUGAGGUGCCCGACUCGCCCUCGUCCAAGAUGCUGGGCCACCAGCGCGGUCUCUCGAGCGUCACCUCGCCCAUCUCCGAGGUCAUGCCUGGCGACUCUGCCUCGGUCGUCGGCGAAAUGUCCGAGAUUGGCAUGAAGACUGGUGCCUCGUCGGUCGCUCCGGCUCCCUUGCCGGUCGAUGACGGCACCUACGUCUUCAAGUUUAAGACCCCCUCGGGCCGCACCCACCGCUUCCAGGCCCGUCACGACAACUAUGAGCUUCUCCGUGACAUUGUCCACGGCAAGCUCUCUGUCGACCCCUUCUUUGACACUCCCGAGGACCCCACCGCCCCGGCUCCCGACCCGUCCAUCUUCACCCUGUCGUACACAGACGACGACGGUGACCUCGUCGAGAUCACUGCCGACGGCGACGUCUCGGACGCCGUCGCCAUUGCCCGUGGCCAGAAGACGGACAGGAUCGUCCUGUACGUCAACGGCGGCAAGAGCUGGGAGGAGGCCGCACGCCUCGCCGAGCCCGUCGUCGAGGUCGUCAAGGCCGCCGAGCCCGAGCCCGUCCCCGAGCCCCCCGCGGCCCCCAUUGCCCCUGCACCGGUCGUCGCUGCCGUCCCCAUCGUGGUCGAGGAGGACGUCGAGGCCAAGCUUUCGGACCCCAACGCCGACCCCGCAAAGGUGCCCACGUACGGCGCGUCGGGCGCGCACGCCGUGCACGCCAAGCUGCCCCCUCAGCCCGAGGACCUCAUCUUUGGCGUGCUUCCCAAGGACCUCGCCCUCCCUGCUGCCAUCGGCUUCCUCGGCGUGGUGAUUGCCGGUGUGUUCGUCGCGUCCCGCGCUAGCAAGUAG